AUGGAGCUCUCCGACACCUUUCGCCUCGUCAACUUGGCCACCGCGACCAUCAUGGUCCUGGGCGGCAUUGCUCAAUUCUUCCACUUCAACUUCCAGGGCAUAAUUGUUGGCGCCUACGUGAUCAUUUUCGGUCUUUGCACCGCUCUGCUCGAGUUCCAAAUUCCUCCUCAAGUCUCCCGUUACGCGUCCUUUCUUUUCUCCUUCAUUGGCCGUGGCGUCUUCUACAUCUUCAUCGGCUCCAUUCUUCUCUCCGACAAUGUCUUCAAGAUCAUUGCCGGCUCCAUUGUCGGCCUCAUCGGCGUCGCCUACGUCGUCCUCGAGUUCGUCCCCCAGAUCGAGCCGCCAGCCAACAUGCGCGAGGCCGACGGCGGCUGGGGCGCAGAGCAGGUGUAA